AGUGCUCGCAGUGCUUGCACGCGCCGUGCUGCUCGGAGCGCGGCAGCAGCACAGCACAGCGCAGCAGCGCGGAGCACCGGCGUGCACGGCGAUGCCCGCUCCGCUCCUGCCGCUGGCCGCCCCCUGAAGACAGCCCUCUCUUUCCCCCCCCCUCCGUUCUCCGGCUCUCCCCCCCCUCCCUUUUCCCCUUCCCCCCCCCCUCUCCCCCUCCCUUUCCUCCCCAAACCCCUUCUUUUUUUUAAUUUUUUAUUAUUAUUUUUUUUUUGCCUUUUGGAGCCUCUUUUUAUAUAUCUAUCUAUCUAUUUUUAACCUAUUAUUUUGGAUUUGCACGCACACACACUCACACACACACACACAACCAACCAACCAAGCAACCCAACCCACCACCACCAAACCGACCCAAAAGCCCUCCGCACGCCCUCCCGCUUUGCACCGUGUGGAUGCGGCCCGGGCUGCGUGGCGAGAGCAGAUGCUGAGGGGCCGGAGGAGGAGGAUGGAGUGCACCCUCGAUGCGCAGAGUUUGAUCAGUAUUUCCCUGCGGAAGAUCCACAGCUCCCGCACUCAGCGAGGCGGCAUCAAGCUCCACAAGAACCUGCUCGUCUCCUAUGUGCUCCGCAACGCCCGCCAGCUCUACCUGAGCGAACGCUACGCCGAGCUCUACCGCCGCCAGCAGCACUACCCCGACGGAGCCCCGCUGCUCGCCGUGCCCCCUCCCUGCCCCCCUCCGCCGCCCUCCGCCCCUCCGGAGAUGCCCCCUCUGCCCGGCGACCCCCACGAGCGCGACGUUCGGAGCUGCGCGGCGCUGCGGGGCGGCGCGGAACCGGGGGCGGAGGUACCGCUGUGCUCCGCUCCCCCCGAACUGCAGCAGAGAGCGCCGUGCAGAGACUCCGCGGGGUUCUACCGAGCGGCCCCCGCCGGGCACGGAGCGGGACACGGUGCCGGGGCGGCCCCCCCUUACGCCGCCGCCGCCUCCUCCGGUUGUGACUUUGGGAGCGGAGGAGGAACGCAGCAGCACUGUAGCAGCCGCACCACGGUGCUGGAUUUGGACACGCACGUCGUGACCACGGUGGAGAACGGUUACCUGCACCAGGAGUGCUGCUCGCAGUGCCCGUGCUGCUGCCAACCCGCGGCUCCGGGGCCCCCCUCCCCGCCGCCCCCGCCGGGCGCUAAGCGCAAGUAUUACCCGGGGCAGGAGGAAGAGGAGGGGGUGGAGGAAGGAGCCGGGGGAGGCGGGGUGGCGGGCGGCCCCCAAUUCGCCCCGUGCACCAAACGCGCCCGCUUCGAGGAGUACGGCAGCGCCGAACACCCGCAGGACUCUUCCAACAUCUCCAACUUGAUCUCCAUCUUCGGCUCCGGUUUCACGGGGUUGGUGAGCCGGCAGCAGGCGGACUCGGAGCAGCCCCUCAACGGGCAGCUGUGCGGCAAGCAGGCGCUGGCCAGCCUGGGGGCCUGGACUCGGGCCAUCGUCGCGUUUUAGAGCGGAGAGGGGAGCGGAGGGAGAGAGAGGGGUGCGGGGGGGGGCCGCGGUGCGCGGAGCUCUCGGAUGGGGUGGGGGGAAAGGGAGGG